AUGAGCGGAAGGGCGACUAGAAGCAAAGAUGCCUCUCCAGGAGAAGGCGCGGCACAAGAAUUCAGGCCCAAAGAUAGAGUUUCAUCCAUGGGCCCACGGCACAUCACUGUCUACGAUGCUGUCGCAGGGCGAGCAGGUCGAAACGGGUUCCUGACCCAGGAACAAAGACUGUCGGAAACUGUGUUGCCCAUCUCACCCGAAGAAGUCCUUCUCGGCCGGGCCACCAUUCCAGAGGAUGUGAUCCACCAAGAAUACGAUUUGUCUAGCACGCUUCGUGGCUCAAGCAAACUACCAGAGUCCGAGAUGCUGAAGGCAGUCCAUACCUACGCAUCAGAUUUCUACGCCUCCGCCACGGCACAAGGAGGCAAAUUCGACUUCAAGACUCUGGAUGAGACAGCGCUCAUUGCGAUCGGGGUUCUUCUCGAAGAAGCGGUGAAAGACGCCCUAGGCGAGAACGGAGACAUGGUCUUCGUGGAGCCCAAAGGUCUGGAAAACGGACUGGGAGAGACAGAAUUGACCAAGCACCAGGUCAAGGGUAGGGUGAAGCCGGCGGGAGCUGCCCAUCGCGAGCAGGAUGAGGAUGAGGACGAGGACAGCUUGAAGGAGGACGAGUCACCAGCUAAAAAGCAGCGACGACGUUGA